UUGGAACAACGAGAUACCUCAUUUCCAAACCCGACUUGAGAAUCUCCUCUCGACACCAAAUACCGCCAAAAUGGUCCGCACUUCCGUUCUCCACGACGCCCUCAACUCCAUCAACAAUGCCGAGAAGGCCGGCAAGCGUCAGGUCCUGAUCCGACCUAGCUCCAAGGUCAUUGUCAAGUUCCUGCAGGUCAUGCAGCGCCACGGCUACAUUGGCGAGUUCGAGGAGGUCGACGACCACCGCUCUGGCAAGAUUGUCGUCCAGCUUAACGGCCGUCUCAACAAGACUGGUGUCAUCUCCCCCCGCUACAACGUCCGCCUGGCCGAUCUCGAGAAGUGGGUCGUCAAGCUGCUGCCUGCCCGUCAGUUCGGCUAUGUCAUCCUCACCACCUCUGCUGGUAUCAUGGACCACGAGGAGGCCCGACGAAAGCACGUUGCCGGCAAGAUCAUUGGCUUCUUCUACUAGACAAACAAAAACCAAAAUUUGGCGGUAGAGAGGAAUCAAUAAACAAAAAAGACGGGUUUGGGCAUUCUCGGCGUUCCAAUGGUGAUCGCGGUGACAGUGAUCAGCAUCUUCUGAUUUAUACUGGGGUUUUCCACCUUUGAGCUUAGCGUACACUGGCAAUAUACCACAGAUGAGAAAGCCCAAAAUUACGUUUCCGUUUCAAC